UUCACGAAAUUUCAAGCAUGUAGUCGUUUUUGGACUAAAAACUGUAUAUCUGAUCACCUUAUGUCUUUAUGUCAAUGAAUGGUUAUCGUAUUUUGUAUUCUAUUGAAUAAGUAACAUAUUCAGUAAAGAUACGUAAACUGCGGUCAACUCAAUAUGUCAGCAGCAAAGGCUCCUAAGCAGGCUGAUGAAGUAACACAGAGGAAACGAGAAGAAGUUCUAAAACAGCUGCAGAAACAAAAGGAGUGUGAAAACCGUGCAGUGAAGAUUGUGGAGAGAUUACUCGAGGAGAACAUCACUGAAGAAUUCUUGAAAGAUUCUGCGCAGCUCAUCACUCCAUCGCACUAUGCAGACGUGAAUGAGGAGAGAAAUAUUGCAAGGCUGUGUGGAUAUCCAGUGUGCAGCAAAUCACUUGGACCUAUUCCCAAACAAAAGUACCACAUCUCUACAAAACAUAAUAAAGUUUAUGACAUCACUGACAGAAAGAAAUUCUGUAGCAACCAGUGUUACCAAGCAUCCAGGCAUUUUGAACGGCAGAUCUCUACGGCACCACUCUUUCUAAGGGACAAGGAACAACCAGUCCGGUUCACAUUGCUACCUCUACAACAAACAAGUGGCAAGGCUGGGGAAGAAGUUGUGACGAACCCUUUAGUAGAUCUACGAGAGGAGCUGAUGCUUUUGGGACUAGAUGAUUGCGAUGAGGUGCAACAAACAAGUUCUGCGUCUGCCGCCGGUCACUGUGAGGAUGUUGAUGGUAUAGCAUCAGAUUCGAAAGGUUUGGGGAAAGUUGUGCAAGAAUUAGACAGUGAUGAUGAUGAUGAUGAUGAUGAUGGGAAAGAGGUCGGCCUAGGUCAUUUGGAAACUGAAAAUGAUCGGACAGAGGUGACAGGACAGGGUGUUCCAUGGUCAUUGGAAGGUCGGGGUGGAAAUGGUGACCAAGUGGAGUCUGUGGAGGACAAAAUGAAAAAGUUAAUGGAGAUGAUUGAUAAAAGGGACAAAUUGAUAGCGGAUUUAAAGGAAGGGAAACUUGAUCAUUCAUCUGAGGAGCAGAAAGUUCGACCCAAAGGUUCUAGCCCUGAAUGCAGUAAGGCCCCCAGUGAUGCUGGAGUUGCUAAGGUGAAAGAUAUGGUUAAUGCAAAGGUGACCAGUGGUGCUCAGGCUGGGGGUGAUGAGAAAAACGGUGGUGAUGACCUUCAAAUUGUGGAGAAAAGGGGAAGGGAUGCAACCGGAUUUGAAAAGGAGCCAACACAGACUAGUUUUGCAUCCAGGGUGCAAGAAAAUAUCAAGAGGGCUUCUGUGCAGAAGGGAAACGUUGACCUCUCAACAGAAUUUGGCGUCGAAGAUCAAGGUCAUCGGGCUACUAGUGAAAUACGUGGUGGUCCUCUUCAUUAUACAUCUCGUAAAAAAAGUAGUCCGAAAAAUUCUUUUGAUGAUGUGAAAAAUUCUCUGCUUGCUUGGAAGACGAGGCAGACAUCAGAAUACUUUUCAAGUGGAAACGACGUGGACUUUAGGAAAAAACUUCUGAUGCAGGAAAAAGUUGCUAGAAUUUGCCAGAAUCUGGAUGAAGAAGAAAUCUUAGAGAAUUUAGAUAAGUCGGAUUCGGUCGGUGACGGCCAGAAGCAGAAGCUUCCAGAUUAUCAAGACUUGGCCAAGAAGACGCAUGAUUAUGAUCUCAAGGUCAAGGAGUUUUUUGAAGGUCAUUUGAGUUACCCUGUGGAAGGGGAGGGAGAGGCAGCUGCCUCAGAAACGUUAGAUAACAUCGCACAGGGUGGUGUGGUGGAACGAGAUAUCCAGUGGGAACCUCCCCUGCCGCUGGUUGAUUCCCAAUCACAGAUGUCGAUCAGGAGAAAAAUUUUACUGGAUGGCAUCAACAGAGUGCUGCCUUCGCUGCUCUCAACCCUGAAGUUGAUCCCGCGGGAUGUCGCUACCUCCAUAAAGGAACUUGUCUACACAUUCCGACUGAGUAGUCACAACAUUGUUUUCAAGCCACAAGAAUUGACCCUUCUGGCAGCUGUCAUCUUAAAAAUGCUUUCACUUAAAGACAAGAACCUUCAGGAAUCAUUCAGUUCAAGAUCUGCUACCCUUCUUCUGGAAAGCCUCUGUGAUACGUUUGCUUUCUCUCAUGGAGAUUUGGACCAUCUGCUCCAGUUAAUGACAUCUUCAGACAUAUCAACAUUAGACUGAAAUAGAGUCGUGUUUCAGAUCGGAUUCCUCUACAGUCAAUUCUGAUGUCUUGUAUGAGUGUUUGAAGUACUUUUGCUGGUGAUUUCAACAUUGUUCUCAGCAUUGGACGGAUAUAAUAAGGACUCCAAAACAACUAAUAACAAAUCUAACAAGAGUCAACGGAAAGUGACAAAAUAAUUUGCACCUUUUCCUCUCUCCCACUCCUUUUCUUGCCAAAUCUUCUCUUUUCUCACUCGUCGCUGCUCCAGAAACUUAAUGAACUCAAAAUGGCUUCUUCCACCUUACAGGUAUCACCUCAACUUUCCAACUUUAAGAUUGUCUAUUAUUCUUCAGCACUCCUGGGGAAAAGUUAACAAAUUUACCAAUUUUCUUGUUCGGGUUCUUCAUUAGGUGCCAUAGUGUGAGGUGCAGAUCACUCGGAGUCUCUCUUUAAAAGUUCCAUCUGCAUGACACCCCAUGGUUGGGUGUUAUUUAUGUACAUGUCAGUUGUUUUAUGACAUUUUUGGCACAGCUUGGUGACAGACAGUACGCUGACAGGCAAGUGUUAAAUGAUUGAGGCAUUAAAGACAAAACGACAUCUCAAAUGAUCAUUCUGCCGAGGCACCUGGAAAUGAGUUGCUGUCAUUGUGCAGUCACUACCAUACGAAACAGCACUGGUGCCCUCACGAACUGCCGCAGAUGCAAUAAAGUGGCCUCCCCAAGGACCCAAACCGUGCAAUGCCUGCCUGAAUUAUCUCUGAUUUGAUUAGAAGAUGACUGAUUUAGGACCCACAAAUUGGUGUAUCUAUCAACGAGAAUCGCUCGAGUUCAUUUCCUUGAGUGCGAAAUGUCUCUUUGAAUUUUCAAAAUGAUUUGUACGACAAUAUGCUGUAUCAUUAUUAAUUGGUUUCUCAAGAAUUAACCCUUGGAGGCUUUUAGGGUGUAUCUUGUCACUUUUAAGGUGACUAUUGAUGACAACGUAGAAAAAUUUACUUUAGAGAGUACCUAGCUGUAAUUUCUGAAGUAAACUGUGGUAAUUUUUGAAGCAGAUAAUAGGAGAGUGAAAAUCAUGCAUGCCCUGGUAUCCUCAAUUGUCUAAAUCAGAAAGGGUUACUUUGUCAAUAUCUUGACCCAGUAUUUAAAAAUCUGUUAAUCAAGUGAAUAGAUUCUUGUCAGCUUGUAAAUAUUUCAGGCCACAACCCAAUAACUCAUCACCACCGUUUAUGUCACUGAAAACUAUUCAUCCACUUAGGAUGAACAAUAAAAUCUGAUGAAAAUUUGAUUGAGACUAUUAGUGUCGGGUGAUGGAAGUAUUCAGGCUGACAACUGGGCCAGAGGUCCUUACUGUCCCAACCACGGCUCAAUAAACCAUGACAGGCACUCAGAUGCAUACAAUUAUUAAAAAAACACUUGUCACCAUUGAGUAAAACAGUCGAGGGGUACUUCUGGUGACUUUGCAUAAUUCACAACUUUUGUUUUCUCUGUAUCCCCGCUGCUGCAUAUGUUUGAAGAAUGACUUCAGCCAUCAGCGCGCGCCGUCAGGAAUGGUUCUAAUUUAUGCAAAUUGGUAAAACAAACCAGAAAAAUUUCUGCUAUUAAUAUUUAACAUGUAUUGUCUCUGGGCCAUUUAUUCUGUCGCUAUGGCAGGUUUGUUAAAAUCUGAUUCAAUCUUUUAUCUACGACAUUUUUCAUUUUCAUUAUUGACCGGGUUGAGAGUUUGGGUUCGGUCAACUAAACUGUUUUCUUUUUUUUAUCAAAAAUAUGGCCUGGCUGUGUUAGACAGCCCAAAAUCAGGUUUAAUUUGGUACCCUAUGCUGCUACGAGAUAUUGAUUUAAAUCCUUUAAAACCAGUGUCCACCAUUCCACCUGACAACCUUCCACUAAUCUGUUGUGAAGGUCCACAAUCACAUGUAACCUAACCAUGUUGGCAAAUAUUUGAUGACAUCCUGUAAAAGUGCCCCCUCUCAAGAUUGGUUGGCUGUGAAAGCGGCAGAAAAAAUCCGAACACGUCUCGGCAAAUUAAACAUAUCGUACAGGGAUAUGAUUUAUUUAGGCCAAAAUAGUGAAAGUGAUCGUUUGUGAUCUGUAAAAAAUGUGUUGCAUAGCUUCCUUUUGUAAAUGUGGCGGUGGUGGAUGGGUAUAUUUUACGACAUGUUAGGUAGGUCAAUUGGUCAAGUGUUGUAGCAGGCUCUUGCAAAACCCUCGACCUUGGAUUUCAACUUUCAUUAUCCCGAUACAGACUUGAGUUGCCUAUAUUUGUCUCGUUCUAAAAGCUCGAGAGGGUUUGAACAAAACCGUCUUUACAAUGAUGCUCUGUGAAGGUUUGGAAGAAACUUUCCAAGAUUAUUGAAAAUAAAGACUGAGAAACAUUGAAUUGAAAAUGUUGUUCCUCCACACAUUGUUUAACUGCUGGGCCAUGAUUUAUUUAGUUUCAGUCAACAUUUUCCACUUAUUCUUGGACAACCACAAAUUGUUAGGAAAUAUUGACUCUAAACCGCCGAUCAUUAUGGAUGUCGGUUCUGUUAAACAUCUCAUAUGGCUAUUGAUUGACAGAGAGACAGUAAUCAAUUUCUGCUUUACAGAUUGUAUGAGCCUCUGUGUCUUUAUGUUAAGACUCUGGCUUACCAAAUAGGCCC